GGACCGUCCCCAACCUAUCCACCUUGCCUCGCGCACCUUGCGAACCCAUCAACAGACAACCUAUACUCGUAUAUUCUCACAUUGGAACUGGACAACGCUCUUUCUCUAAAUAGACGGGAAACUUAAUUGGCAGCUCAAGAUGACUACAGCACAUAGACCUACGUUUGACCCGGCCCGCGGCAAAGAAGCCCUUCGAGGACCAGCCUAUCACCAGCGCCUUCUUCCUGCAUACACGCAGUUGAAAUUUCGACAACCCGGGCAAGGCGGCGAGGCCGACCGAACAACCCGCGACCUGCGCGCCGAGCUCGAGGCCGCCGAGGCAGCACACUACGCCAAGCUCAAGGGCGCUCCCGUCCCCGGCGCGUCAGCAUCCGAGAGCAACGGCCAAGGGUCAUCGGCGACAGCAAAGCGGCCGCUAGCGCUAACCUCCCGGUCCGGAGGCGAUGACGUCGACGGAACAUCUCCACCAGAAGGAGACGAAGACGACGAAAGCCCCGAAGCCAAACGACGGCGGAUAUUAGAGGAAUCGCGCGACAUAGACGCCGACGACAGCGACGAGGCCGGGGAGGACGAUGACGACGACGACGAAAGCAGCGACGAAGACGACAGCGACGACGAGGAGGCGGAGCUGCAGCGGGAGCUGGAGCGCGUCAGGCGCGAGCGGGCCGAGAAGAGGGAGCGCGAGGAAAGGGAGCGGCAGGCGGCCGAGCAGGAGGCGCGCGAGCGCGACAUUGCCCUGGGCAACCCGCUCCUCAACAAGCCCGAUUUCACCAUCAAGCGACGGUGGGACGAUGAUGUGGUGUUCAAGAACCAGGCGAGGGGGACGGAGGAGAAGGGUAAGAGGAAGGAGUUCAUCAAUGAUCUUCUCCGUUCCGAUUUCCACAAGAGGUUUAUGAACAAGUAUGUGCGAUGAGCAUGCUGGCGAGCGGAGCGAUACCCCUGGGAGGUUUGGUGGGAAACUGGCAUGUGUUUAUAAUAUGUCUCUGGGAUUCACAAGCGGUACAGUCUACGAAUAGACGAGACGGCAUUCGCCCGGAACUACAC